CGACUCACCGACUGACGAAUCGCAUUCAUACGCACCGAAGAAAUAGGCUGGCCCUGUGCCGAUAUGAGCUGCGUGUUUGAAGCGGCACAUAGUUUCCUUGCGCCAGCCUGUUAGCUUCCGUUACCAUGGCACCGUUACACUUACGUGCGUAUUCAACGUCGCGGGAAGUUUUCUUCACCUGCACUUUCGGUACAGCAGUGAAAGGUGAACGCAGGGAGCGAUGAUGCUUGCCGUCACUCGUCCUGUUAUCUCUUUACCAUGGUGUCCCUUCCCAAGCGGUGGUCGCUGUCCAAACCAAAAAGCCGUCACCGCGGUCCUCGCUAUCACCGAGGCCUCCUAAGGUCUAAUUCGGAAGGAGACGAACAGCAGGCUUUUAUUUUCGCCGACGGGGACGACGUAGCUUCCGAUGAAGUCGGCUCUUGGGAUGACGCGACUGAACUCAGACUUCGUGGAGGCCAGAACGGUUCCAGGGAUAACGGUGACAGAAACAAAUUCGCGACUCGAAAGCCGCCGUCUCCGGCGGUGUUCGAGCAUCGCAUCGUUGAGGGCGAGACGUUGCAAGGCCUCGCACUCCGCUACGGGUGCACGAUUGGUGCCUUGCGACACUUCAACAACCUGCUAAGUGACCAGGACUUCUUUGCCCUCACUGUGAUCAAAGUUCCUGAUCGCAUCCACGUCGCGACCGGACAGCUUGUUGACACAAACGUGCCUGCUGAUGACACCGUCUCUGUGACCAGCGACGGUGCAGAAUCGCCACCGGACAAGGCUAUCCGCUAUUGGAAGAGCCUCGACCAUAAAGUGCAGGCAGCCCUGCAGCAACGGGGUUCAGGAGACGAUGGCAUCCAAAUUGACGAAGUGGAAGACGACUCCGUUGAUCGUCAUGUCUCGCACUCGAAGCAGCCCGAUUCAUCGAGCGGUGCAGACUGUGGCAUAGGAUGGUGCGGGAUAAUUGUGAUUGUUGUCAUUGUCGCCGUGCUCGUGCCGUCUUUUUACGUGCUGUACAUACUUGUCUACCAAAAGGAAAUUCACGACGGAGCUGUGCAGUUGAAAAAGUGAGUGAACUGUUGUGCGGGAGUCUCCCCACUGUUGCUUAGCAAGGAGAUGCAUUUGUGAUGGUAUUUUUCUGCUCAAGUUGGAGUGACUUGUUACGAAGAGCUUUGCAAUGUUGUUGCUGGUAGUGGUAUUCAGUUUUUACUUUCCUGUUCCCAUUUUGUUUGCACAGAAAGCUGCGUACGCGGCUGUUUUACUUACCCAUUGGUAUGAAUGAUUGACACGUAUGAGUUUGUAAAAGUUUCAUUAAUUUGUGCACACUAUUUAAGGCUUUUUAAAAGAGUAAAUAAGUACGCAGCAUACAAGCUACCGGUGGUGUCUGUAUUGCAAUAUGCUGCAUCUUUUUUUUUCUCAUGAGGCCUUGAUGUGGUAGUCUCACACAAGUGAUGAAUGUGCCUUUUCCUUUGAUAAGCUGUACCACAGGGUGUGCAUAUUGAGCGAGGAUUUUUGUACUUCCGAAGGUUGCUGAAUGAAGCCAUUUUAAGAUAUGUAGCAUUUAGGCCUUUAUAAUACAAACCUGUUAUUUUGCCAUUGUUGCAUGAUCUGUACAGAGAAAGCGCUUCGAUACAUAAGCAAAGAUAGGCCUAUUCUAAGUGGUAAUAAAUAAUGAAAAGGCAGAACUGAUUUUACUGUCAUCUACUAAAAUACUUUGUUC